CUGGGAGGACGUCAUAUGACGUCCUCCCACUCUAAUUGCGCGUGCACGGCUCCGGGAGCGCGCAGCACGGCGAUCGGUGGUGCUCUGUGUCCCUCGGACACAGCGGAUCACCGAUCAAUGGAAAGAGCCGAAGAUCUCGGCUUGGCCAUGUGAUCAGCUGUGUCCAAUCACAGCUGAUCGCAUGGGACAUGUACACUGAUCAUCAGGGCACUGAUGAUCAGUGUGCCCUGAUGAUCAGUGUAGCCCCAGCAGUGCCACCUGUCAGUGUCCAUCAGUGCCAGCUGUCAGUGGCACCUGCCAGUGCCCAUCAGUGCCACAUCAAUGCCACAUAUCAGUGCCCAUCUGAGCUGUCUUUCAGUGUCACCUAUCAGUGCCAGUCAGUGCCACCUAUCAAUGCCGUCAGUGCCGUCGGUCAGUGCCGCCUAACAGUAACAGUCAGUGUCACCUAUCAGUGCACAUCAGUG